GAAAGGUUGGUGUCAACGAACAUGAACUAAUCAACAUAAUAAAGAAUUAGUAAAGAAAGAAUGGCGGAAACUCCUCAACAGGCCCCGACAGUAGUUCCAUGGUCAAACGAUAAGGAUGAUUAUGAGCUACUUAAUGUUCUGGGAGCCGGUGCCACUGCAGUUGUACAGGCUGCAAUUUGUCGACCCAGGAAUGAAAAAUGUGCCAUCAAAAGAAUCAACCUUGAAAAGUGUAACACGACAGUAGAAGAAUUGUUGAAGGAAAUUCAAGCUAUGAGCCAAUGCAAACAUGAAAAUGUAGUGGGUUAUUAUACUUCUUUUGUUGUGAAAGAUGAAUUGUGGGUGAUAAUGAAAUUGUGUGGUGGUGGUUCCAUGCUGGACAUCAUUAAGAGCAGAAUGAAGGCAGGGAAUUGUAAGAAUGGUGUUCUUGAUGAAGUUAGUAUUGCUACCAUAUUGAAAGAAGUCUUAAAAGGAUUGGAAUAUUUUCAUAGCAAUGGGCAAAUUCAUAGAGACAUUAAAGCUGGAAACAUUUUGCUAGGACAGGAAGGGGCUGUCUACAUUGCUGAUUUCGGUGUCAGUGCUUGGUUGGCUACAGGAAAAGAUAUCACAAGAGAUGCAGUUCGACACACUUUUGUUGGAACGCCUUGCUGGAUGGCACCAGAAGUCAUGGAACAGGUUUCCGGCUAUGAUUUCAAGGCAGAUAUCUGGAGCUUUGGAAUAACUGCCAUUGAAUUGGCCACAGGUACUGCUCCAUACCACAAAUAUCCUCCUAUGAAAGUUUUGAUGUUGACCUUACAGAAUGACCCACCAACUUUGGAUUCAGGGGCAGACGACAAAGAUCAAUAUAAAUCUUACAGUAAAGCUUUCAGGAAACUUAUUAAUGAAUGUUUGAGAAAGGAUCCUGAAAAGAGACCUACGGCUAAACAAUUAAUAAAGAAUGAAUUCUUCAAGAAAGCUAAAGACAAGAAUUACAUUUUUAAAACCUUGUUGUCGGAAGGAAUGCCACUGAAGUCCCAAAAGGUGAAGAGAGUACCAGGAUCCAGUGGACGUCUGCAUAAAACUAAAGAUGGUGGUUGGGAAUGGUCCGAUGAAGAAUUAGAUGAAAACUCUGAAGAAGGAAAGUUAGCUGUUCUUUCUGAAAGAUCUCCACGUCUGCCUGAAAGUGAAAAUUUCCCACUGGAUGGAGUUGUUUCCCCUGUAAAUCAACCUAAUCCCUCUGAACCUGUGGAGAAAAAACCUGAGAAACCUUCAGAAACGAAAUCUUCAGAAAAGAAACCUGAAGAGCAACCUACAACUACUAAUACUGACUCCAAGAAAGAAGAACCUCCAUCAGAAGAUUCUGCUGCUGAUGCUGAGGCAACGCCUCAAGGAGGAUCAAUAAAUUUAGUUCUGCGUCUACGAAACGAGAAAAAAGAAUUGAAUGAUAUUAAAUUUGAUUUUACCCACGGUCAGGAUACAGCUGACAGUGUAUCAAGGGAACUGGUCGAGGCAGGUUUAGUGGAUGGUAAAGAUUUAAUAGUUGUUGCUGCCAAUCUCCAGAAAAUAUUGGACAGUAAUGGCAGCUGUAAAAACAUGGUAUUUGGUCUGAAUUCAGGUUGUGACAGCAAUGAAGUACCCUGUGAUAAAGCACUGAUUGGCUUUGCACAACUUACUAUUAAUGAAGGAAAACAAGCUAGUUAG